UUAUUUCUCAUCAUCUUCUCUCUUUCUUUCUCCUUCUCUCUGUUCUCAUAGAACCAAAACUAUAGUCUUGAAGUUCAUAUUUUUGCAGAGUACACAAAGAAUCAAACCACUCUGUAACCAGUCUGUUUCUUGAUCUAUUCAUUAUACCUUGAUCAGUCCUUUCAUGGGAACGUUACUUCUACUAGAUUUCUUGUCUUAAAGGUUUUUUUCUAUAUUGGGUCAAGAUGGGUAUUGAAAAGUUUGAAACUUUCAUCUUGAUUUCAACGAUUUCGAUCUUGAUUUGCAUCUGCCAUGGAUUCAAUCCUCAAGAUAAUUACUUAAUCAACUGUGGCUCACCAAGCAAUGGAUCCUUAAUGACUCGAGUCUUCAUGUCUGAUAAGCUCUCUUCGAACUUGCUUACAUCUCCCAAAGAGAUCCUCGCUGGGGAAGGCUCAGACAUUUACCAGACGGCAAGAGUCUUCACCGGAGUCUCUAGCUACAAAUUCUCUGUUUCUCCUGGUCGUCAUUGGGUUCGUCUUCAUUUCAAUCCUUUUGAUUACCAAGAAUUCAAAAUGGGUUCAGCUAAAUUCGCAGUUUCGUCUCAAAGUCAUGCGCUUUUGAGUGAUUUUAGUGUUAAGAGUAGUAAACUUGUAAAAGAGUACUCUUUGAAUGUGGAUAAGGGUGAUUUAGUGCUCACGUUUACUCCCUCUAGUGGUUCAUUUGCGUUUGUGAAUGCUAUUGAGGUUAUCUCUGUUCCGGAUACAUUGAUCACUGGUACGCCUAAGUUUAUAGGCAGCCCUGCGCAGAGUUCGGAUAUAUCUUUGCUAGCUCUUGAAACUAUUCAUAGAGUGAACAUGGGCGGUCCGCUUGUAUCGGCUAACAACGAUACUCUUACGAGGACUUGGGUGCCUGACUCGAGUUUUCUGCUUGAGAAGAACUUAGCUAAGACUGUGUCUAAGGUUGCAACUGUUAACUUUGUUAAAGGUUACGCUACAGAGGAUUCUGCACCAAGAAUUGUCUAUGGUAGUUGCACUUCGAUGAAUUCCGCGGAUAACCCGAGUAGCAUUUUCAAUGUCACAUGGGAGUUCGAUGUUGAGCCGGGUUUUCAGUACUAUUUCCGCUUCCACUUCUGCGAUAUCCUUAGUGUGUCUCUAAACCAGCUAUAUUUCAAUCUGUAUGUUGACUCAAUGACUGCUGCUACAGAUAUUGAUCCCAGCAUUUUUGUGGAUAACACACUGGCUGGAGCAUACUUCAUGGAUUUUGUUACGCAGUCGCCGAAGGGUACUAAUAAAGUCCGUGUGAGCAUUGGUCCGUCAGCUAUUCACACAGAUUAUCCAAACGCUAUUGUGAACGGACUGGAGAUCAUGAAGAUGAAUAACUCUAAAGGUCAGCUAAGUACCGGACCAGCUGUACCCGGUAGUAGUUCAAGCACUAAGCAGAGUAAUGUUGGGAUGAUUGUAGGUUCAACCAUUGGUUCGUUGCUCGCGUUAGUCUUCAUGGGAUGUUGCUUUGUGUUGUAUAAGAAGCGGAAACGUGGCCAAGAUGGUCAUUCAAAGACUUGGAUGCCGUUUUCAGUAAACGGAAUUUCGGCUACAAUGGGAAGCAAAUACUCCAACGGAACUACUCUUACAAGUAUAACUACCAAUGCCAAUUACCGUAUUCCCUUUGCUGCGGUUAAAGACGCAACAAAUAACUUUGAUGAGAGCCGCAACAUCGGGGUGGGUGGUUUUGGUAAAGUCUACAAAGGAGAGCUUAAUGAUGGCACGAAGGUAGCUGUGAAAAGAGGAAACCCGAAAUCUCAGCAAGGGCUUGCGGAAUUCAGGACAGAAAUCGAGAUGUUAUCGCAGUUUCGUCAUCGCCAUUUGGUUUCUCUGAUCGGUUAUUGUGACGAGAACAAUGAAAUGAUACUGAUAUACGAGUAUAUGGAGAAUGGAACUGUAAAGGGUCAUCUUUAUGGCUCAGGUAAUCCUAGCUUAACGUGGAAACAACGGCUUGAGAUCUGCAUUGGCGCGGCUAGAGGAUUGCAUUACCUCCACACGGGUGACUCUAAACCGGUCAUUCACAGAGACGUGAAAUCUGCAAACAUAUUGCUCGAUGAGAACUUCAUGGCUAAAGUUGCAGACUUUGGACUGUCCAAGACUGGACCCGAGCUUGAUCAGACUCAUGUAAGUACUGCUGUGAAAGGAAGUUUCGGGUAUCUUGACCCUGAGUACUUCAGAAGGCAACAGCUCACUGACAAAUCCGAUGUUUACUCCUUCGGGGUUGUUCUCUUCGAGGUUCUUUGUGCUAGACCUGUUAUAGACCCAACACUUCCAAGAGAGAUGGUGAAUCUUGCUGAAUGGGCAAUGAAGUGGCAGAAGAAAGGGCAACUAGAUCAAAUCAUUGAUCAGUCUCUUCGCGGUAAUAUCAGACCAGAUUCGUUAAGGAAAUUUGCAGAAACAGGCGAGAAAUGUUUGGCGGAUUAUGGAGUCGAUAGACCAUCUAUGGGAGAUGUGUUGUGGAAUCUUGAAUACGCUCUGCAGCUUCAAGAAGCAGUCAUUGAUGGCGAACCAGAAGAUAACAGCACGAAUAUGAUUGGUGAAUUACCUCCACAGAUCAACAACUUCAGUCAGGGAGACACAAGUGUUAACGUUCCUGGCACAGCGGGGCGAUUCGAGGAAUCGAGCAUUGACGAUCUCUCUGGGGUUUCAAUGAGUAAAGUAUUCUCUCAACUGGUGAAAUCCGAGGGAAGAUAGUGAGAGAUUUGGCAAUGUAGUGUGAUUCUUACAGAAGCAGAAGCAUGUAACCAGGAAAUGCAUCAGGUUUUUUCAGAUAGGAUCUUUUGUCUCUGCUCAACCUGUUUCUUCUGCAGAUCUUCAUCAGUUAUGAUACAAAUACUUUUGAAACGUUUCCUCUGUUUUUUUCAUUUUUCUUCCUCACUCAGUCACUCCCUUAUCCUGAGUUUGUAUUUUAUUGAUGUUCAUUUGAAGUUGUCUAAUAUUUGUUUGUUCUUUUUAUUCUAUGGAUGUAUAACACACUCUUGUUGUUUCAUUCAACUGUACUGUAAGUUUAGAAGUCAAAAUCUAGUUCUGUCCUGUUC